CCGACCUCCGUCAAACGACGACGACUACGCCAACGAUAUCAGCCCAGCUGCAGCGCAAGCUGGUAGACUUCCUCAAUUCUCUCUACUAGAUCUCCCUAAUUCUCCACUCCCUCUCACACGAUAUACCCCACGUCAGUAUUACUUACUGGAAUCAUGUCUGAAAUAUCAGAGCAGCACAAGGACCCAUCCUUUCAUUUCGAGGUCGAGCUGCACGACGAGGACGCGUAUGAGAAGGAGGAACUCGGGCUGACAGCUGAGGUUGCGCCAGCGGUCCCGUCGAUAUGUGGCCUGCCCUUGAAAUACGUUUCGCUUGUGACGCUGGCAGUCCAAAACGCCGCCUUAACGCUUAUUAUGCACUACUCUCGCGUGUCUGCUGCGCCCUCGCGCACGUACUCGGCUGCUGCUGCGGUCCUCAUGGUCGAGCUCUUGAAGGGAUCCAUUUCGCUUGCCGUCGCCUUCACGAGAAUCGAUUCCUACGCGCCGCAAUAUCAGCCCCUUGGCUCGCAACCCGCGACUUCGCUCCUGAACCCAUGGGUCUGGCUGUCACGCUUCAGGCGUUUGGGCAAGGAGGUGUUCCGUAGUGAUUGUUGGAAACUGUCGAUACCCGCUAUCUUAUAUGUGAUCCAAAAUAAUUUACAGUUCGUCGCAGUCUCCAACCUGGAAGCCGCAACAUUUCAGGUCAGCUACCAGAUGAAGAUCCUCACGACUGCCGCAUUCUCUGUCGUAAUGCUUCGCAAGAAGCUCAGCCCCGUCAAAUGGCUUGCUCUGCUCUUCCUUGCGAUUGGCGUCGGUAUCGUGCAGAUUCAAAACGGCAGCGGUCACAAGUCUCCCGAUGAUAUGCAUCGUGACAUGAAUGCUUUUAAGGGCUUCAUGGCCGUCGCUGCCGCUUGUUUCACCUCCGGACUUGCUGGCGUCUAUUUUGAGAUGGUUCUCAAGAAUUCGCCGGGUGACCUCUGGGUCCGCAACGUACAGCUUUCGCUAUUCUCUCUGCUUCCGGCUCUGGUUCCUAUCGUCUUCUCCGGAUCGUCAAACCCUGUGCCCACCACCGGCUCUGGAUGGUUCAGCACGAGUCUGUUCGAGAACUUCGGCGUAUGGGCAUGGGCUACGGUUCUUACCCAGGUCCUCGGUGGCCUACUCACGGCACUUGUCAUCAAGUACGCAGAUAACAUCCUCAAAGGCUUCGCCACUAGUUUGAGCAUCGUUAUUUCUUUCCUCGCUUCUGUCGCCCUCUUCCAUUUCCAAAUUACCGUCUCCUUCAUCUUGGGCGCAACCGUUGUCCUUGUCGCUACGUGGAUGUACAACCAGCCGGACUCUUCAUCCACCAGCGGCAGCGAAGGAACAGCUAGGGAAUCUCGCUCGUGGAGCUGGCGCUGGCGUCGCCCGUCCUUCUGCUCUUCGCGCAACGCCUCCGCUGUCGAGCUCACCGGUGGCACCCUCUCUCGCCGCGCAUCGACCUCCUCACUCUCGUCUCUCGCGUCCUUCAACGCGACGAGCCCCCGCCCACCGUACCACCACUCACCGUCCAGGUCAUUCCCGUCGUCCCCGACCGAGCGGCACUCGCCUGUGCUCGGACAGCUCUCCGGGGCGGCGCCACCGUCCGCGCGAAGGCAGGGCCAGUUCUUCGCCGCGCCGCUGCGCGCGACGAAGGCCUUCGCGAAGCGCUUGACGCUCUUCCGCUCCGCGUCCUUCUCCGGGCGCGCUGCCGAGGCCGAGGCCGGCCUGCCGGAGUACCAGCUGGCGGGCUCGUACCCGUCUUCGCGGCCGGGCAGCGCACUCGGGUCGUACUCUUCCCCGCGCCCACCCAGCUCUCUCGUGAGCUCGGCUCGGCCGUCGCUCGACCGUGCGCAGUGAGCCCCCGGAGCAUUUUGCAUCGCCCGCCAUCUUUUUUCGUCUUCGCACGCUUUUGGCAAAGAGACGCUUAAUUGAUUAACAAUACCAGAGACCUUAUCUUUAUUACUACUAAAAUUUCUCCCGUACAGUCGGUGAUCUGUGGACUUCUUUUUUUCGUUUUUGCUUCUGCGUCUUUUUUCUUCGUUUAUCCCAGAAGCCUCAUGCGUGUGCCUUUCGGGACAUUUUUUCUCUCUACAACUACCCGCCCGUCGCUUCGUGUUAUCUGUGGUAUCGAUGCUAUCCUCGCAUUCGCUUGUUUCCGCUGCACACAUCUGUUUGUUUGGGACGCAGUAAAUGAAAUCAAAU